ACCAAACUCCUGAGAAACUCACACAGACAACCACAGAGAUCUACUAAUCUAGACAAAUCAAGAUCAUCAUGGGUUCAGAAACAGUGUCCAAAAUUCCUCAGGUGAACUUAUCCAGUGAAAGCCUGAAGCCUGGAACAAGCUCCUGGAAUUCAGCUUGCAAAGAUAUCAGGCAAGCACUUGAGGAAUAUGGGUGUCUGGAAGUUGUGUACAGUGAGCCUUCUGUUGAAUUCCACAAUAGAAUUCUUGCUGCUCUUGAGGAGUUGUUUCAGCUUCCUCAAGAGGUCAAAAUGAAAAAUGUUAACCCCAAGCCUGCUCAUGGCUACAUGGGCAAGAUCUCUACCUUCCCUAUUCAUGAAGGCUUGGGGAUUGAAUAUGCAACCAGCAAAGAUGAGUGCCAGAAGUUCACUACCCUCAUGUGGCCUGAAGGAAAUGAUCAUUUCUGUGAAACAGUUCACACCUAUGCAAAGAUGGUGGCUGGACUGCAGCAGCUGCUGGUGAAAAUGCUAUGUGAAAGCUAUGGCAUAGAGAAACACAGUGAAUCUCACAUCAAAUCAACCACUUACCUUCUGCGGCUGUUGAGGUAUAGAAGAUCGCAAGCAGAGACAAAUCUUGGUUUCAAGGGUCACACAGACAAGAGCUUUGUGUCUAUUCUUCAUCAGAAUCAGGUUAAGGGUUUGGAGAUAAGAACAAAAGAUGGAGAGUGGAUUCCUUAUGAGCCAUCCUCCCAUUCCUCUUUUGCAGUCGUGGCUGGCGAUGUCUGCAUGGCAUGGAGCAAUGACAGAAUAAAAUCUUGUUACCAUAGAGUGAUUGUGGAAGGUGAAGAAGUAAGAUAUGCAGUAGGGCUAUUUUCAUUUCUUACAGGAUUGAUAAAGGCACCAGAGGAGCUAGUGGAUGACGAACACCCAUUACAAUACAAACCAUUUGAACACCAAGGACUUCUUGAUUUCUAUCUCUCAAACAAUUCCUCAAACAAAGGCGAUUCCAACAUGGUCAAAGCCUAUGCUGGAGUUUAGACAAAAGAGAGAGAGAGAGAGAGAAAGAGACUUGUCUCUCUUUCUAUUUCUCUCUGUCUGUGUGUUUGAUGUAUAAUCACUCUUGAUUUCUUGCUUCUACUGGGUUUCUGGUUUUAAUAACUGUGUGUUUUUAGUUUAGCCUCUUGGAUUAAUGUAUUAAUUGUACUGCAGUGGCUAUGGCUGUUUUGCAAAUUUGGGCAUUGGUUCUCUCUCUUUAAGAAGAAGAAAAAGGGGGACAAAAAGCUUUGUAGUUUUCCUGUGUUUAUAUAUAUAUAUAUAUAUAUAAUUUGUAAUAGCAAAAAUAAACAUUACAAGAACACUUCUCCAUAGAAAGAAUCAGUUCAUGGCAAGUGCUGGAGCAGGCCUAAUGGGCUUGACAGAAAAUGGGCUUAAUGAGAUAUUCUCCAAUGGCCCAAUUUACAAUGCAACACAUGUCUCCAGGAGAAGAUUACCGGCCUUCUAAUUUCAGAACCUCCCCAAAAGCCAUAACUCUAUGUUAUCCUGUUACAGUUUCGGUUUAGAUUCCAGUUCAAAAUCUAUCUAUAAAUUGGAAGCAAACUGAAAUUCAGGUAUGCUUCUGUUUCGGUGCUUUA